AUGUCCGUGUUUACCGGCGACAUGUCCCGCGCCAUGCGCGUCACGCUUAGGCUUGAGGUGCGGGCUACGGGCUACGGGAUCAACAUAAUCUCGCCCGAGAUGGUGUCGGUCUUACUCUUCGGUGUGGUUGAGGGGGGGGUCGCAGACCCAGGGACACAGGGACAAGACGCACACAGAGAGACAGGAAAAGAAAGCAUCAAGAUAUCGAUUUGGACUAGGGACCGUUACAUUGAGCGCGGCAUGUCAAAUUGGGCCGAGGCAGCAGCAACAAGCAACAAGCAACAAGCAACAAGCAACAGCAGCAGCGCAGCAAGGGAACAGCGGAACAUUAGGCAUGAUAGAGAGAGUGAGAAGGGGAAGAGAGAUCAGAACGGACAUAGUCAUAUCACGGCUAUUAAUUGCUUGCUUAUGAUUACAAUUUUGAUCUGGACAGGCAACUUCACGCAAGAAAUCAAGCAAUCAAUCAAGCAAGGCAAGUCAAGCAAGUCCAGCAAGACGGACCGACACGUGGUGCUGGGAUUGGUCAGAAAAAUCAAGAAGGGCUAG